AUGACUAAUGCCAACGUGCGAGAUGCUUCAAUGUGGAUGAAAUGCGAUAUGAGCUCCAAUGGAAGCCUGGUUGCAGAAGAUCGGUGUCAAGUACUAAUACUCCGCCACCUCAUUCACCUUCUACCACUAUUCUUCCUCCUCGUUCUCCACCACCUCGCCCGCAUCCUCCUCCCCUCAAAUGCCAACAAACUCUGCAAAGCGCUCUAA